AUGCCAUUGUUAGAUCCUGAGGUGCGGAAGCAGUUCCCGGAGGACUACAGAGACCAGGAAAUUCUGCCCACGGUGGCCAAGUUCUGUUUCCCUUUCUACGUGGACAGCCUCACGGUGGGCCAGGUGGGUCAGAACUUCACCUUUGUCCUCACGGAUAUCGACAGCAAACAGAGGUUCGGCUUCUGCCGUUUGUCCUCGGGGGCCAAGACCUGCUUCUGUAUCUUAAGUUAUCUUCCAUGGUUUGAAGUCUUUUAUAAACUGCUGAAUAUUCUGGCAGACUACACAGUGAAGGGCCAGGACAACCAAAGAUGUGAACUUCUGCAGACACUGUAUAAACUACCGAUUCCUGAGCCAGCUUCUUCGGUUUAUCUCAGCGUGCACUCUUACUUUACGGUACCCGACAUCAGGGAACUUCCCAGCAUUCCCGAAAAUAGAAAUCUGACCGAGUAUUUUGUAGCCGUGGAUGUCAACAACAUGUUGCAUUUGUAUGCGAGCAUGCUGUACGAACGCCGCAUUCUCAUUUGCUGCAGUAAAUUGAGCACGGUAAGCUGGAAAAGUAAUGGUGGCCCUUUCCUUUCCUUUGACGCUCCGAUGCCCUACCUCAUAGGAGUUCAUUUAAGUCUGAUAGAGAAAGUCAGAAACAUUUCUCUGGAUGAUGUGGUCAUCCUGAAUGUGGACACCAACACACUGGAAACACCUUUUGAUGAUCUACAAAGCCUCCCCAAUGACAUAAUCUCCGCCCUGAAAAGCCGGUUGAAGAAGGUCUCCAUGACCACAGGAGAUGGGGUCGCCAGAGCAUUCCUGAAAGCCCAGGCUGCCUUUUUCGGGAGCUAUCGAAAUGCCCUGAAGAUUGAGCCAGAAGAACCCAUCACUUUUUGCGAAGAAACCUUCGUUUCCCACCGGUCUGCCACCAUGAGACAAUUCCUGCAGAAUGCCAUCCAGCUACAGCUUUUCAAGCAGUUCAUCGAUGGUCGUCUUGAUCUUCUCAACUCUGGGGAAGGCUUCAGUGACGUCUUCGAGGAAGAGAUCAACCUGGGCGAAUAUGACGGCAGUGACAAGCUGUACCACCAAUGGCUGUCCACUGUCCGGAAAGGAAGUGGGGCCAUUUUAAAUACUGUGAAGACCAAGGCAAAUCCUGCUAUGAAGACUGUCUACAAAUUUGCAAAAGAUCAUGCAAAAAUGGGAAUAAGGGAGGUGAAAAUUCGCUUGAAGCAAAAGGUACUUGAAAUAUGUAUUUAGGGUUGGGGGCCGGGGGGGGGGGGACCCAAAGAAAGAAAAACAGAAGAAAUGCUCCGCUGGG